AGCGCGGGGACCAAAUACACGUCGACCACGGCUACGCACUAGGCUUCUAUCUUUCACCUAGGAUUUUGCGCAGUACUCGAGCCACCAUACCUGCCUUUCCGAAAUUUCGACUGCCUGGUUUUGCGCUUGCAGACUGGCUUUAAGUAGCCACGUCUUCUAAUUCACCCCUCUGCUCACCUCAACUCAAGCUCCAGCUGCGAACAUGCGUUUAGACGUAAAGAGGCAGCUCUUUGCGCGGUCGGAGAGGGUCAAAGGAAUUGACUUCCACCCGACCGAGCCAUGGAUCCUCACGACGUUAUACAGCGGACACGUUCACAUAUGGUCCUACGUUUCUCAGUCGAUCGUCAAGACGUUCGAGCUCACCGAUGUACCUGUCCGGGCGGGUCGCUUCAUUGCGCGGAAGAAUUGGAUAGUCGCCGGCUCCGAUGACUUCCAGAUGCGCGUAUACAACUAUAAUACUUCGGAGAAGGUUACGUCGUUCGAGGCGCAUCCAGACUAUAUUCGCGCGAUCGCUGUUCACCCGACGCAGCCUUUCGUGUUGACGGCCAGCGAUGAUAUGACUAUCAAGCUGUGGGAUUGGGACAAGUCAUGGAAAUGUGUGCAAGUCUUCGAGGGUCACAGCCACUAUGUUAUGGGCAUUGCCAUAAACCCCAAGGAUCCCAACACUUUCGCCUCAGCGUGUCUUGACAGGACGGUCAAGAUAUGGUCCCUGGGCAGCUCCGUUCCUAACUUCACGCUUGAGGCGCAUGAGGCCAAGGGUGUGAACUUUAUCGACUACUACCCUCAGUCCGACAAGCCUUAUCUCUUGACCACUUCCGAUGACCGGACCGUCAAGGUAUGGGACUACACUACGAAAGCCCUCAUUGCUACCUUAGAAGGCCACACUUCGAACGUCAGCUUUGCAGUAUAUCAUCCCGAACUGCCUGUCAUAAUAUCUGGUUCCGAAGAUGGCACUAUCAAGAUCUGGCAUUCGUCGACAUACAGGUUAGAGCAAUCGCUGAACUACGGUCUUGAGCGAGCGUGGUGUGUUGCGUAUCAGAAAGGCAAGAACGGCGUAGCUCUCGGUUUCGACGAUGGAGCUGUCGUCAUCUCGAUGGGUCGGGAGGAGCCGGCCGUCAGUAUGGAUGCUGGAGGCAAAGUGCUGUGGGCAAGGCAUAACGAAAUCCUCACGGCCGUCAUCAAAGGCAACGAGAAGCUGAAGGACUCAGAACGACUCACGCUCCCCACCAAAGAUCUUGGAUCGACCGAAAUCUAUCCUCAGUCGCUGCUGCACUCGCCCAAUGGACGGUUUGUCGCCGUUUGUGGUGACGGAGAGUACAUCAUCUACACCGCACUCGCUCUUCGCAAUCAAGCCUUCGGAUCCGCAUUAGAUUUUGUCUGGGCGUCGAAAGAGCACGAUAAGGACUACGCUAUCCGGGAAUCAUCUACGAGCGUCAAAAUCUUCCGCAACUUCAAGGAGCGAAGUGUGCUGAACGUUGGUUUUUCAGCCGAUGGUCUGAGUGGCGGCAUUCUCCUGGGUGUCAAGGGACAGGGCGGUAUCGGUCUGUUCGACUGGGACACAGGCGCCCUCGUUCGAAGGAUAGAGGUGGACCCUAAAAGCGUGUACUGGUCGGAGAGCGGAGAGCUCGUGACGCUAGCGACAGAGGACACGUUCUACGUCCUGCGAUACUCCAGGGAGAACUAUCUGGAGGCGGUGCAGAACGGAGAAGUUGACGAGGAUGGCGCGGAGUCGGCUUUCGAAGUCGUCUGCGAUAUCAAUGAGAGCGUACGUACCGGUACCUGGGUCGGAGACUGCUUCAUCUACACCAACAGCACCAACCGCCUAAACUACCUCGUCGGAGACCAGACGUACACUAUCUCACACUUCGAUGCUCCCCACUACCUCCUUGGAUAUCUCCCUCGUGAUUCUAGGAUCUACGCCGCAGACAAGGAUGUCAACGUCGUCUCUUUCGCUCUCUCACUGGCUGUUGUAGAAUACCAAACCCUCGUGCUUCGAGGCGAUCUCGAAGCCGCCGAGGAGCUUCUUCCCUCUGUUCCCAAGGACCAAAACAAUAAAAUUGCCCGUUUCCUCGAAGGCCAAGGCUACAAGGAGCUUGCUCUUAAGGUCGCUACCGACCCUGAGCAUCGCUUCGACCUCGCCCUCUCGCUAGGGGACCUCCAGCAAGCCGUCGAAAUCGCGCGCGAGCAAGACACGGAACACAAGUGGAAGACCGUCGGCGAUGCCGCCCUCACCGGCUGGGACGUUAAGCUUGCGCAGGAAUGCUUCGUCAAGGCCAAGGACUUGGGCUCUCUCCUCCUUGUCUAUAGCGCUACGUCUGACGCUGCUGGUCUCCGCGAACUGGCCUCCCUCGCUGAAGCCGCGACCGCGAACAACGUGGCUUUCUCAGCUCUCUGGCAGGUCGGCGAUGUGCAGGGCUGCAUCGAUAUCCUCGUCAAGACCAACAGACUAGCGGAGGCAGUGCUGUUCUCGCAGACGUACAAGCCCAGCGUCACCACAGAAUUGGUCAAGAAAUGGAAGGCCAGCUUAGAGAAAGACGGGAAGUCGAAGGUUAGCCGGCUAUUGGGGGUUCCGCCGUAUGAUGGCGAGGGCGACGCGGAGAUGUUUCCUGACUGGGAGGAGUAUUUGAGGCUGGAGAGGGAGGGCGGAACGGUGGAGGAUUUGGCGCAGCCUGAGGGAGAUGAGGAGGCUGAUGGCGCGGAGGAGGAAGAAGUUGCUGAGGAUGCAGAGGAGGAAGAGGAGUAGAAAAUGCGCCUGGCAUGAUUUGACGAUCUGAAAGGGAAUCAUCUUUGGACAUUGCUGUCAUGCGUUUUCUUCGAUCUUGGUUUCUCGGCCGAGUCGGUAGAGGAAUGAAAAUGAUACACUGUUC